AACCAAAUGAGCUUAAACGUUUUCGGAUAUAGUGGAGAUUCGAAGGAAAUAAUUGGACGACUUUUUCAAUCGGAAUUCCAAAAGCCUCUUCACAUCAAUAUGUUGUUUUUGGAAGGCGGCGGAAAUGGACAUUAUAAAGGAGCUUAAACGUUUUCGGAUGUAGUGGAGAUUCGAAGGAAAUAAUUGGACGACUUUUUCAAUCGGAAUUCCAAAAACCUCUUCACCUCAAUAUGUUGUUUCAUGAAGGCGGCGGAAAUGGACAUAUAUACUAAUGACUGCACAAAGAGGAAAUCAGAAGAAGGCUCAAUUUUUCUGCAAUGUUUAAAUUUCUCCGGAACUGAAGAAGCUGCAUUGAAACACAAGACGCUAUGCAGUAGGAAGGUCUCAAAGAUGCCGCCGGCCCAAAAUAAUACUCUGGAAUUUACACAAGUUCAUCAUCAGGUUCAUAUUCCAUUCGUUGUCUACGCGGAUUUUGAAUCCAUACUGGAAACAAAGAAUCUUGAAGCAAAAUGAAAAAAAAAAAUUUAAGAAUGCUUUUUUUAAGUUGAUGAAUAACUCUGUUUACGGAGAAACGAUGGAGGACCUUGAGCGCUGAGUCGAUAUAAAGCUUUUCAAUACUUGGGAAGCUCCGGAUAGCAAGAAGACUGUA